AUGGAUUCGAUACCUGAGAAAUCAAGAUUAUUCAGAGAGCAGCUAAUAUUAACAGAAAAAAUCAUAUUAAUUAUCGUUGCCAUAUGCGCAAUUCUGGGAAAUACUUUCGUUUUGGUCGCCACUUGGAGAGAAAGAAGUCUUCAUCAACCAAAUAAGUAUUUUAUCGCUUGCCUGGCUGUUGCUGAUCUUGUUGUGGGAAUUUUUGUAGCACCAAUGACAGCGAAUGAACUUAAUUUCGUUCACGAAUCGCAAGAUGCAAAGCCUACUCACACAUGUCGCUUUAUGGUUUGGUUAGACACGUUUGCGUUAACAGCAUCGUUCUAUAUACUAACCGUCAUAAGUUUUGACCGAUACCUUAAAAUCAGCAAGCCUCUUCAUUACAGAUCACGAAUGACAACUUUCAAAUUACUUAAAAUUAUUUCCUGCAUUGUCUUAAUUUCAAGUGUCUCAGAGGCCGCGGAAGCAUGUCAAAACCUAUGUAAUCCAGUCAUCUACGCUUGGCUGGAUCAAACGUACAGAAAAGCUUUUAAACACCUGUUCAAAAAAAUUAUGUGUCGGCCCGAUGCGAGAAGGCACCCACCGAUAGUUCCAAUUGAGUUACGUUCAUGA